AUGGGUAGCAUAAGUAUCGAGAGCCGUGAGCUUCACUUCUACGACCAUGCCUCCGGCUCCUUCAUCCAGCAAGCUGCCGCUGUCACUGCCACCGUCACCGAGGUCGGAAACACCACGCUUCAUACGCAGAGACAGAUCCAUCCAAUUCAAACUCCCAAACACAUCGCCGACGAAACCGCGAGCCAAUUAUACGGUGCUGGGCUCCAGACCCAAGCCAGUGUAGACGAGGCCGAAAGAGAAAGGAAUGGCCACCUGACACAUCGAAUAAUCACGGGGGCGAGCUUUCCGUGGGAGAAAGUUACUGUUGCAUAUGUUGCGAAACAGUCUACAAAGACCACUGCUAGUGGAAAACGCGAUGACGGCCAGCAGGCGGCAAAAGAAGUUGAGACGAAGUGGGGCAAGCAGCACGAGCGGCAGAAGCAGCAGAAGCAGUACGGAACAAAAAUACGCAGGUUCAACCGAAACGAUUGUGGGAGAUCUCAACAGACUCUGGAGUUGAAAUAUUGA